GGGGGACGUGUUCUGCUAAAGCUCUGUUUCCCAGAGUACAGCAUGCCAUUCCUAAAUCCACUACCGAGGAGGAAGGACUUGCCAACGAAGCACAUGCUGUAGACUUUGUGAGUGGACAAAUUCUGCUUGUGAGAGACUUAACUCGUCAUCAGCUUCAGGUAUGAAGACACACUCAGUGCUGAUGUUCGCAGCAGUUCUGGGGCUCCUGCUCCAAAGGAGCUCAGAUGCUGCCAUAUAUCAAAGCGCGUUCCCACAACCGACCAAAUACAACCCAAACGAAUCGGACCGAUGCCAUCAACCCGCCAUCAGUGGACCAGUUUCCCGCGAGAUGGGCCCUGUAACCUCUACCGACGAGGUGCUCGAGUCCAGUCAGGAGGCGCUUCACGUCACGGAGCGCCGGUACUUGCGGCUGGACUGGUGCAAGACGCAGCCGCUCAAGCAGACUAUCCGGGAGGAGGGCUGCCUGAGCCGCACCAUCAUCAACCGCUUUUGCUACGGACAGUGCAACUCCUUCUACAUCCCGAGGCACGAUUACCAGGACGGGGACGCCUUUCAGUCCUGCUCUGCCUGCAAACCCAAAACCUUCAGCCCCGUCACGUACACCCUCUUCUGCCCCGGUCAGACACCCAGCAAGAGGAAGAAACGGAUCCAGCGGGUCAAGCAGUGUCGCUGCACAACUAUAGAUACGGAUUAGAAACAAACUAGUUGAUCAUUCUCGCUUCCGACUGGAAUAAAAAUGUUUUUUUUUGCAAUAAUAAAAAAUGGAAAGUGUAUUUUUCUUAAAGGACACGUGAGAAGUAAGUGCAAAGGGUAGGCGAGGAGCUACCGGAGUCUUCUUUUUAAUCAUCAUGAUGCCAAAAUACAAAAUGCGUGAGUUGGCUCAGGUCGUUUCCCUCAAUUAAUAAUUCAACACACAGACCAAAUAUUCUUGCUUAUCAUCAGUGAGCUUUUUGCAGAUUAAGGGGAUUUGAAAAGUCUUUGAGAAAGGUGCAGGGACUUUGUAAAAGUUCAAGGUUUAAGGAGUGAAUUGAUGGCCCAAAACAGUGUUUAAGCUUAAAGCAGGUCUUCUCUCAAUAUAAGAACAUAUAAAGGACUUGAAUGAUUGUAUCAUUUCCACUGUGUGGGAUGUAAAGCUGAUUCAAAUAUGUUUUUUCUUUUCAACCUGCACUGCUGUCACUUCAUUUCAUGAGUGUUUAUUAUGUGUCAUGUAUUGUUUAAUCUUUUGUAUAUAAAAUGAGUACGCAAUCACA